CUCAGCAGACUUAUUAAGCAGUAGAGUUAAGGGUUCUCCAAUAACUGUGAAUUUCUUGGGGUUUGCUUGAGAACUUACUAUGCCUUGGGCAAAGGGGAUUUUACUUUUUACAAUGGCUGUGGUAUCACUGUGUUCUUCUUUAAGGGCUGAUCCUGAGUCCCUUUUUGAAGCUGGUGCUCCAUAUGGAGCAGUCCCUGAAAACCCAGUCCACUUUGGCAAACUUGUAAUUGGCGGUCAAGGUUCAGUAUCUUAUAAUGGUGUAAAAAUAUCCCCACUGAGGUUAGCAGAGUAUGAAGGGCACCAGUCAAACGAUGAAGCUUGGUUGCACUCAGCUAGCUCUAAGCUGCACCAUCUGCAUUCUUCUGUGCAAUGUAGCAAUGAUUCAAUGAUUUUACGUAUUCCAGGACCGAGAGUGCCACAUUUUCUAAUUGACCGAGGAGAGGAGUCACCAGUGCCUUUGUCUGAGAUGCCAGCUAGCUGUGGCUUCUCACUGAAGCGUGCACGCAGGGAUGUCUCUCUUGUUGCUCCAUACAGGGGCUGUCAUGUCAGACAACAGGGUGCAAGAUAUAUUCUGCCACUCAUUAUAAUGGGAGCUCCAGUGCAAGUGUCUUGCCCUGUGAGCCGUCCCCUCCCUACUGUGUCCUGCUUCUCCUUUGGCAUGAUCGUCAAAUCUUGUGUCAGGGCAGAUGAUGUUAAAGUUAAAGUUGAUGGAUCAUGGCAGCCUCUGCUUCUGAAGUACGCCCAAUGCUCUCUUACAUUGGAGACCUCUGCUGGUUUGCUGUUUAUCAUUGCACCAUUCACCGGAAGUUGUUGGGAAAUGACUGAUAAUGAAAGGCGACUCCCUUUGAUGUACGGUGACCAGGAAGUGAUUCAUUCCUGUCCUCUGACACAGCCAACCAUAACCCCAACUGUAGCCCCAACCACUCCGCUACGUGACCCAACUGUCUUGCAACAAAUGUUUGACCAUUUCCCUUCUGGAGGACCCUGGCGGUAUCCUCCAUACCCUGGUGUACCUGCUACCCUGCCUCCCACUGUGCCAACUACAGCUGCUCCUCCUCAAUAUCCUUUCCAACAACCCAUGUACCCUCCCAAGUAUCCCAUGCCAAUAUUUGAUCCCUUUCACCCUAAAGGUGACCCAGUUCCUCCCCCAGCAGCACAACCACCACAAUAUCCCUGGUACCAAAAGCUGCCUCCUUACAUGACUGGCUUCCACAGCCCAGUAGAAGUGACCACCCCUGCAACCACCACAACUGCCCCAUACCAGCCUCAACACCAGUAUCCAGGUUAUCCAAUGUACCCACCGUUCUACGGUCAACUACCCAUCAAGUCUGGGUCUCCAGCUGUGAAAAACCCUCUCAUGCCUCCAUAUCCUAAGGCUUCAGGCUUUGGUCCCCGCGGCCGUAAGGUACGGUCUUCUCCUGCAUUAUCCUCCGUCUAUGGGUCUCCUAGGUAACCACUUGACUGAGCAGAUGAGUGGAUUUUGAAGUGGCAUUCCUCUUGACACCAGAAUGAACUGACCUCAUUAGCUUGCUUGGUAUAAGCCUAAUAAAGCUUUGAAUUAAAA